UUGAAUUUGCCGCUGCGUCGAUGUGCUUUCUACAUCCUACUUUUCCAUUGGAGAAAGAUUUAGUCCAAUCCGCGCUUCAAGUGUGGCUCGGAAAGCUGCGCGAGCUCAUUGACACACACGGAUCUGACCAAUGGGAGAGCGUGUUUACUCUCCGUGGGUUGCGAGGCUCGAGCAGCGCUGGGAAAGAGGAUCGCCGUUUGGAGACUCGGGUCUGAACUCAGCGGCCUGCACCGGCGCUUUGGCAGAUCGAGACGCUACAACACACACACGCACACACACACACACACACACACACACACACACACACACACAAGCGUGCGCGCGAGCGGAAUACGAGGAUUACCUUUGAAAUCUGAUUUUUGAAAUAUGAUCAGCAACAUUCUUGAUCUACGUUUUUUUCUCCACUUCUAAUUAAUUGUAUUUAUUGCCAUGCAAGGAUUUAACAUACCAAAAACAUGAUCAGGAGCCGCGCCGCCAGUCGGAGAGGCGAGACUUCCUCUGAAAGCGACACCGACGCCCAGCGAGAGGGAUUAUAAAUAUAUGGCUUUGGUUUGAUCGCUGUGGUCUACACCGCCGGGAUAUUUGGGAUUAUAAAGCGCUACGCAGAGGUUAUGGAGAGCCGGGAUUUCGGCGCUCCGGCGCACCUCCUGUCCGAGCGGGGCGCUUUGGUUCACCGCGCCGCCUCGCGGAUCACGUCGAGCGGCCACAGCUCCGUGCAGCACGCCGCUGCCUUCCCACCUGGGAAGUAUUACCCAUCUCAUCUGCCCAUGGCCACACACUCAGGCAGCGGACUGAUGGGCAACUCCUCUGCCUCAUUUAUGGGGACAUUUCUGGCCAGCAGCCUUGGCUCCUCUCCCUCACACCCACCUCACCCCUCCAGACCUCCGUCCUCCCCUUCUUCUCCUCCGUGCCGUGGAGGGCCACACUCCACCGCCUCCCAGAUCUGGUUCCCACACUCGCAUGAAGCAGCCCCAGGGUACCCACGCUUUUCAGGAAGUCUAGCCCACACAUUCCUUCCUAUAAGUCAUUUGGAUCACCAUGCCAACAGUGGGGUUCUCUAUGGUCAACACCAUUUCUAUGACACCCAAAAAGAAAACUUCUACUUAAGAAGCCUUCCAUCCCAACCCCCACUUAUUUCAGCCAAUCACAGCAUUCCACCCAUGUCAAGGACAGAGCCAGGAAACUCCCAGGGCUCUUGCAGUAGGGACACAGGUAGUGUUGUGAACUUGCACAAGGGUCUUAAGGAAGCCAGUAUAGACAAAGGCAUGGUCUCAGGUACAAAGGACAAAGAAAGGGCCAGCAGUAAGCAUGAGUCUAAAGAUCGCCACCCCCACAACCAACAUCCACAGCCCCAGCACCUCCACUCACACCAGCCCCAACACCAUUCUCAGCACCCUGCCACUAUGGACAACAUGAAUGGUAUGGAGAGGCACAAGGCUUCCUUACUUAUGGAGUACAAGGACCAUUCGCAGAGUAUGGGUAAGCCUCUUAGUGCCUGUCUACUCAAUGGGAAGAUGCAGAAUGGAGACUCUCGUGCUGGAGUUGGGUCCAAAGGAUCCAUGGCCAGCUGUGGAGGAGAGAACAUGGGCAGGGGUCCUGGAGACUCAACAAAUGCACAAGCCAGACACAUGGGUAACAGUACUAAUGGGCGCUGCACAAAAGAAGCUGUGAGUGGUGAGAUGAGGAUCAGCGAGCAGCCUCCUCCUGGUUGUGUGGAGAGGGGUCAGGUGCUACACCAGUCUUUGUCAUACUCUGUGCCUCCUCCUUUGCCUGUGGGUUCAGCAACUGGUGGGGGACAUCCAGGCAGCUUUCACUGUUUACAGCUCCACCCUAGUCAUCCACAUCACACCCAACAUCCACACCACAGCCACCACUCCCACCAUCACCCAGAUUUUUUCUGCCCCCCUCCUGCGCCGAUAACCAAUCCUUCCUUACAUGAAAAAGGGGCUGGCAGCGGUGGAGCAAGAGAACCCAAAGCAACCAGACCCACAUUUGUACCAUCUGUAGGCCACCUUGGGGAGAAAGCUGGAGGCCUCUUUCAACUGGGAAACCCUGAAUGCCAGGGGGUGGCUGUUGGGGGAAGCAGUACCAAAGAAAAGGUCAUGGAAAAGACAAGUGGGGGAGUGGGGCAUCCAGGGAACUGGCACAGAAAACAACAGGAGCACCAACAACAGCAGCAGCAGCAACCUCCACCACAGAAGCAGCAUCCCUACAGAAAAGCAGAAAAAGCCCCUGACUGGAUGCACAACAGUGAUCAUCACUUACAACAACAGCAACAGCAGCAGCAUCAGGCUGUGCGCUCUCAUAGUGCAGACUGCAUCAAUGGCAUGGACACAGAGGUCUAUAGAUCUGCUCUGACACAGGAGCCUAAAACUGGCCAUCUGUUAACUCAUCUUAGUAAUAUUAGCACACAGUCCUAUAGGGAUUGCUCACAUUCUGGGUCAACUCCGAACUCCUCACCCCUUGCAAAGAACAUGUCUCAGCAAGGACCUGGUUCUGGAGGUGGGAGCUGCUCCAUGCAGAGAGAAGGCCAAAAGGUUGCCCGUAUCCGCCACCAGCAGCAUGGCAGAACGGGUUCAGGUGCUCCCUCAGCAGAGCUGGGCCAGACCAAUAGCAGUCAAGAGAUGAAGCGGAAAAUGGACAUGUCUCCAUACAGUUACAAUAACAGUGGGCAGCAUCAUUCACAUCAGCAAUCACCUGUGCCACCAUGGGCAAUGCACCCCCAUCAUGCCCACCUGGAGGAGGAUCAGCGCAGGGCUUAUAUGGAAUCUGUCAGUGGAACUGCCAGUGGUAGACAGCAUCCCCAUCAACACCAGUCAGCUGGAAUGGGUCCCCCACCUGCUCCUGUACAGAACCAGCAGGAGAUUUUGGGCCCACAGGGAGAGGGUAGUGCCAUGAAAAACCUUCUUAAGUAUAGCAACCAGCAGCAGCCUCUCCUCCUGUCCCAGAAAACCCCAUUUGGAGGACUGGGAAGCAUCAAAACAGGACCUAACAGCACCAAUUGCACCUUACAGACUGGAAAAACAACCCUGCCUUCCAGGAAAGUCAUAACCAAUGAGAGUGAACGGCAUGAAUGUGGAGGACGGAGCAGGGAGAUGGGGGAGGUGGCUCAUGGGGAGGGGGAAGUGCGGCAACCCCCUGUGGGUAUCGCAGUUGCUGUGGCACGGCAGAAAGAACCAACCUGCAGACCUCCCGACAACCAUCCAAGCAGCUGCCAGGGGCGGGUUCACUCUGGCAUGAAAGGUGCUUCACGACCCAUGUAUCCCCCAGACUCAUCCAGAGAGGAGGACCGGAAGCGAAUGAGUGGGGAGCACAUGGGUGUCAGUGGGGGUCAUCCAUGCCUGGACAGAGAGCGAGAAACAUUUAUCAGAGACAACAAGGAAAGGGUAGAAUUUGCAAGGAUCCAUCCCUCCAAUAGUUGCCGUGGUGACAUCGCCUCUCAUCUUAUGGUGCCUAGUGGCAGUUCCCUUCAAUCAAGCCAGCUCGCAGACCCUGCAGCACAUGCCCAUUCUGCGCACCACCACUGGAUGCCCCGCACAGCAAGUCCUUCCCUCUGGAUGACGGGUCAUUCCUAUGGUAUAAGCCACACCGGUCUCCAUCAGAAUCUUCCUCCGGGGUUCUCUACAACUAUGCCUGCUCCCCUCCAGCCUGUACUACCCCUGCCCCAGGACCCUUCCGCCCAGUUGGUAGUGUUACCCACUGAGCCUACUGCCCAUCCAGCCACUCAUCACAUAGAUGUGAUGGAGCAGCCGGGUUUGUGGCCCCCAGUGUACAGGGCCCGAGGGCCUCCCUCCCACAUGCAGCAUCCCGCUGUGUACUCUCGCUCCCAGUUUCUACGGCAACAAGAACUGUAUGCGCUCCAGCAACAUCAGCAGCUGCAGCAUCAGCAACAUCCUGGCCCUCAGCAACCACCUCACCCACCACAGCAACACAGAGGAGUACACAGCAUAGAGCCUCAGCACAGAAAUACUCACAACCAGAUGCAGAAGAAACCUGAGGACCAUGGAGCAUGUGGCAUGGAGUUGCAGGACAUCCUGUCUGAGCCUAGGAACCCCAAAGCUACCAAGUCUUAUACUUAUGGCUCUUCAAACCGGGCAUCAUCACCUCCCAGGGCCUCUGCUGCACACAUGUCACCUUGCUGUCAGUCGCCAUGUAUGCAUCCUCAUCCAAAAAGCACACCCUCCACCCCUUGUCCUGUCCCGAGUCCUGCCGCUACUGUGCCCUGCUCCCCUGCUAUCAGCCCUGCCCCAUCUCAAUUACCCAAUAUAACAGAAACUCAGGACAAGAGAGCAAAGGGCCAGCCACCACAAGACUACCCUCAGUCUAUGGAACCAGAUCUUCCACCUGGAUACACCUAUCCUUCAAUCACCAUGGGAUACAGAGGUGGGCCCUCCCCACAAGAUGUACAGCUGGCUGAGCCAGCUGAGCUGGAAGCCAUUCCAGUCGAGCCUGUGGAGCAUGCUCCAGCCCCUCUGUCCAGUAUUGGAGAGGGGCCUGAGUGCCAGGCAAUAGUAAGGCCCAUCACAGAGUCCCAGUUGCCAGUGGAGGAGAAAAAUAAGGAAGAUCUGGCACAAGAGCAGGCACGAGGUGCACUGGACCAAAGCGGAGAGCCGGAUCCAGUGGGCUGCUGUGUGCCUGUGGAGCAUGAAGAAGCACAGGGAGAAGCAGCAAUGAUUAUUUGCCACCCUGAAGAGGAGUCAGCCUGUGAAGCAGCACACUGUCCUGGUAGUUGGUUAGAGGAACCAGUACAUAAGGAUUCUACCAUAGUCUGUCAGGAAGAAGGUGGCCUUCUUGAGCAGGACAGUGUUGUUUCUGAGCUGAAAUCACAGACAGCACCAGCUCCCGAGCAUCCAUGUGUUCCAGUUAAUCCUGACCUCCAGCCCAGCACAGCCACUGAGGUAGUGGCAGAAGAGACAGAAAAGGAAGGUCCAGAGGAAGACUGUAUACAGAUCCUCUCUCCUCCUUCAUCUCCUAUCAGUGCCACUCCCUUCCCACAACCAAUUGUGCCAAGUUACUGGAGCCUGGAGCUCCUGAUUGCCGCUGCCUUCUGUGGAGACUGCCCUCCCCCCUCUCCACCUGCUUCCACCACUUCUCAGGGCUGUGCCGGCCCCUUCUAUGCCAGUACAUAUGGCAUGGAGCUCCUUAGUGAGCUGGCUGAUCUGGAGCGCCAACAGGAACACCACAGUGCAGAAAAAAGUGAAGGACAAGAACAAAUAAUAUUUGACCUCCAGAGUCUUGCUACCUUGGCAGUGGCUCGUGCCCUGGAGUUGGACUCCAAGGCAAACAGUAUAGCAGACGCUGAGAAGCAGUGUCCAGCAAAAAGAACCUUCAACCUGCGGCGGAAAUGCAAUUGGACCCCUCGACAUGAGCCAGUUUGUCCUGUGAAGGGUGCUAUGGAUGCUAUAGACAGUCAGGAACUGGCUAUGCGAGUGAGGCUGGCAGAUUUGCAACGGCGCUACAAAGAGAAGCAGAAGGAGUUAGUCAAGCUUCAGAGGAAGCACGAGCACCAGAAAGAGGAGACUCCUCGCAGUCCGGCACGUCGGGGCCCUGGCCGACCACGAAAGCGGAAAUCAACAGGUCUAGGGCUGAUGGCUCCCCCUGAGCCACAAAAGAAAGUCAAGACAGUGGGGGUGGUCCUGCUGACAGAGGACUCGGGUAGAGGAGGUGGGGAUUUGAUGAAGAAGAGGAGGCUGUCCAACCGGAGCUUUGGCCGUCUUGGAGCCGUACAGGUUACUGUCCCUUCCUCAGUGAAGAUGCAAUCCACUCAAAAGAGCAGCCUCCACGAGCAUCACAUGGCACAGCUGAAGUCCAAGCCUGCUGUCAGUAGAACCAUCAGGGACCGUGAAACCUUGGGGUCUGCUCACUUGUACGCUUCUCAGCGCAGCCCAAAAGCGGAUUCCAGACUUUCUAACAUGACAGCCAAUGAGUCUGAAGGCCAAAGUGACACAGGCAGUGGAGACAGCGGCACUCGGGAGAGCUGGAAGGGCCUGAGGAAAAGUAAGAAUAAGAGUGAGGCGGCUUUAAAUCGAGCAUCAGCUUGUGUGCAGCAGCCUCGGGCCAGAGGACAGGAUGCGACAGAGGACGGGGAAACAUUCGCAGAGGAUACAGAGUCCUCUGAGCAAGAAGAGGAGGAAGCUGAGGGCAGUUACAACAUCGAUGCAAGCCAUACCAUCAAAGUGCCACCCUUCAGGGAGCUCCUAUCCAGCUCCAUCCUAAAAGACCCCUCCCCUUCCUCUGUUGUGAAACUGGAAGUCAAUCAGAAGGCAAAGAAUAAAAGAGAACGGCAAGAACUGUACGGUUCCCAGCUUCGCUCAAAUACAGAAGGUGAGGUGAAAGUAAAGAAAAGGCCCCACUGCAGGUCAGAACCAGACAAUGCAGCGAAGACCUUGGAGGUGAGGAGGAGACCAGGUCGUCCCAGACUGCAGGAAAAGCUGUGGGCUGGUCACUAUCGUAAACCUGCAGGUCUCUUGUCUUUCUCCACCACCAGCGAGAGGCUGAGGAGAGCCACGCGGAAGAGCUCCAUGCUCCGUGGAGUUCUUAGCAAGACAAAAAGUGGUUGGUCAGCUGUGGUCCAGUCUCCUCAGAGUGAUGACACCUGUAAACGGAGGACCAGAUUUCGGCAGUCUAAAGGGCGCGCAGUCAGUCGUCUAUUGGAGAGCUUUGCAGCAGACGAUGGCUUCCAGCUGGGUGGAGACAGCAGCUUCUCCGAUGAGGAUGAGGAGAACUCUUCAUCAAACACUAGAAAUUCUCCAGCUCCUCCAAACUGUGUCCUGACCAAAGACCUGCUGACUGAAGGACUCAAAAUACUCAUCAGUAAAGAAGAUGAGCUUCUGUACGCCGCCCGCGUGAGAACUCUAGAUCUGCCUGACAUCUACAGCAUUGUUAUCGAUGGAGAGAGAGGAAACCGCCCCAGAAUCUACUCCCUCGAGCAGCUCUUGCAGGAAGCAGUUUUGGAUGUGCGUCCUGAAACAGAGGCAGUGCUGACUGAAGAAACAAGAGUGUGCGCUUACUGGAGUGAGCGCUCGCGAUGUCUUUACCCAGGCUAUGUGCGAAGGGGUGGCUCUAAUGAUGAAUGUAAGCCAGGUGGAGUAAUGGUAGAGUUUGAUGAUGGGGACAGAGGAUGGAUCUCUCUCCGCAACAUUCGUCUUCUUCCACCUGGAUACCAGAUUCAUUAUGCCGAUUCCAGUCCUACUCUGGUCUCCAGUGAUCGAUCAGACAUGGUAGGUUCAUGUCAAGAGGGAAGAAGCUCACAGAUUGACAGAUCAUCUGAGAAAACAACUAGCACAGAGGAAGCCAGAACCAAGGAAAAGCCAAUGAGAAAACCAGGGAGACCUAAAGGUUCAGGUCUGAAGAGGUUUAUCUCAGAUGGUGUCUCCAAAACCUCAGCAUCUUCACUUACCUGGCCAUCAAUAGCUCAGCCUAGAAAGAGAGCGCCUGUCAAUUUGUUUCAACUUAAUGGUUCAGCAACUAAGAAGACCCUGAAGAACAGGGAGGCAGUGUUUCCUCAUGCUUCAGUCUCUGUGACAACAUCAGCCAAAUGCAUCUUCAACAGCAGGUCCUUUGAGGUGGAUUCUUUUAGUAGUAUUGCUAAUGGCUACUCGUCUUUCUGCAGCCAGACCGCUGGCAUGCCUGUAGAGGGCAGGAGCAGUCCCUAUGGGCAGGGUAGAAAGUCUGAGGAAUCAGACAUGCCUCGGGGAAAGAAAAAUGAAUUUUUGAUCAAGCUGGAUCAUGAGGGAGUAAUGAAUCCCAAGAACAAGAGUAGCAAGGCUCUGCUAAUGCUAGGAGGGUCUGGGUUUGGUUCUAAAGGUAUAGGUGCCCCACCCAAGCCUGAAGCCUAUUCUCACCCAGUCCUGUUGGUAAAGGACAAAAGGAAGGGAGACAGUUCUCGGGCAGAGCUCCUUCCAAUCCAGAGAAAGCCAUCCCCAUCCCUGCUAAUAGGCAAGCAUGGAGACAUGGGCCUUAGUUGCCACAGGGACUGCCACAGCUCUUAUUCAGACAUGGAUGAUGAAGAUGAAGAAGAAGAGGAAAGGAGAAGAAGUGAGUCAGUUCUGGUCCCAGCCUCUGGUGGCAUGAGGAUGGCUGGUCAUUUCCUCUCCCACCUCUCUGUAUCCUCAUCUUCUUCAGGGUCAUCUAGCUCUUCUAGUUCAGGCUCUAUUUCCAGCUCCAGCGUCUGCUCCUCUGACAAUGACUCCUCCUACAGCUCUGAGGAUGAUGAGAACUCAACACUGCUCCUGCAGAGCUGCCUAACCCCCCACCACUCCCUGCUUCAUCCCCAUAAAGCUCCUACCGGACCCCCACAGCGUUCAUUUGUGGCCAAAGCUAUGGCUGUCUCCAGUGCCAAAGGUGGGAAUGUUGACAGUGCUACCCGCAAGCCCCUGAAAAGGAAAGAAUGCCUCAGUUCAUCUUCCAAAUCCUCUAAAGACCUGGUCAAGAGACAAAAACUCUUGGCUGACCAUAGCAGGCCCAAAGUAUCUUCCUGCAUGCCAGCCAGCCAACUGUGGAGAUGGUCCGGGAAUCCCACCCAGAGACGUGGGCUAAAAGGGAAAGCUCGUAAGCUCUACUAUAAGUCCAUAGUCCGUGGCAGGGACAUGGUGCAUGUAGGAGACUGUGCAGUGUUCCUGUCAGCUGGCCGACCCCACCUCCCCUUCAUCGGUCGCAUUGAGAGCUUCUGGGAGUCCUGGAGCAGCAGCAUGGUAGUGAAGGUGAAGUGGUUCUACCAUCCUGAAGAGACCAAUCUUGGCAAGAGACAUCAUGAUGGCAAGCAUGCCCUCUAUCAAUCAUGCCAUGAAGAUGAGAAUGACGUGCAGACAAUCUCUCAUAAGUGCCAGGUUGUGAGCCGUAAGGAAUAUGAGCAUCUGAGCCGCAACAGGAAGCCUGGAAGCAACCUUCAGGACCUCUACUACCUGGCCGGCACCUAUGACCCUACCAGUGGCCAGCUGCUCCCUGCAGACGGAGUAUCUAUCCUCUGCUAGCUUUGGUCUGAGGGUAAUGACAAUCUAGCAUUUUGCCUGAGUAGGGAUUUGACAAGAGACCAACCAGUCAAGAUGGGGUAUUGCAAGAAUCACAACUGUAAUUAUCUUAAGUUCAAAAGGAAUUGAGUUGUGGUGAAAUGCAUGGCUAGGAAGACCAGUCCACAACCUCUCAGCCACACAACCUGUGCUUGGUCUCCCAAAGACGAACUGCCACCACAGGUAGUUUGCCUGUGGUCCAGCUUCUCUGUAUAUUACAUCCAUGUUUAAUCUCACACAUUACAAUUUAACUUCAAAAAACUAACAUUCUAUUUAAAGUCACCAAAGCAGAGCCUUUUUUUUGGUUUUGAAAGAUGGCUGUUGUGAGAAUUCUACAGCGUAGAAAAAAAAACAGAGUGGUGUGCUUUCCCCAACACCAUGUGAUGAUUCCAGGGAUAUUUAAAUAAAUAAUAGAUUUAGUAUAUUAAGUUUAUCUAUGUAUAUAUUUAAGGAGUUAUUUACUACCAAGCCAUACACUUCAGUACCUCUUACCUGUCUUCUUAUUCAGGUGUAUAGUGUACAGGUGCAUGUGUGAUCUGAUUUUCAUUAUUAGUUUUGUCAUUGUUGUCUAUAUGUAUAUACAAAGUUAUUUUAUAUGGGUGAUGUACAGUACAUAUGAGGUUUAUUGUCUGAUGCUUGGAUUGAUUUAUUUUUCUAUGAGAAGAGAUGAACUGAAGAUGUAUGCAUUGCACUGCACAUUGCCUGCUGAGACAGAAAGAGACGAUGUUACAAGUUUCAGUCAUUGUUAUGGCUGCACUUUGGGCAUUUAUGAAUAAUUUUUCUGUUUUGUUUUUUCUGCUCAUACCAUUAUUUUCAUGUCCACUGUGCUUUUUACUCAAAAAAGGAAAUGAAAUGAAAAAAGGUGGGGGAAACCCUGUAAACAUUUGAUAUUAUUUAAAUGAGAAAUACAUGUCUAAGAGGUAUAUCGUAAAAUAUCAGAAAAACAAUAAGUAAAUGGAAAAUACAGGCACUACAAAUAUGUACUUAACAUGCAGUCCCUACUUUAUUAAAUAUGUACUUAACAUGCAGGUAUAAAAUACCAGAGCAGUCUUGAAAUUGCAAAAUAUAUUAAUUAGUGCUGUACAUCAUUCUGCAAUCAACAUAUUUCUUAAUAUGUUGUGAUGACUGUAUCCUAUUUUGCUUUACUGACAAUGUUUCAUACCAUUUUUCUUCAACUUUCUACUCAUCAGCAAUGUUGAUGGCAUAUUGAGGAAGACUGUUUUGCUAAGGCAUUGAAACAAAGUAAUGGCAUUGUUCCAACCGUAACAAGAGCUCUUAGAGAAGCCGAUGAGUUGUUUGUCUUUAGGGACAAUCGUGUUCAUAAAAGAGAGCAAGCGUGGACUGUUUGACAGGCUCACACAAUCACAAGAUACUUUAUUAGAUUUUUUUGUGUGCCAAAAACAUCUUGUUUUUAUUAUGCAACCUUCACUGUAUUCUCUAAGUAUUGAUUAUUAUUAUUUUUUAUUACCUAUUUAUUGUCAGUGUUGCUGUUUCAUCACAAAACCAAACAAAAAUGUGACAGUGCUUAUUUAGUUUGUGUUGAACUUAGAGUCUCUUUAAAUCAAAGUGCAAUGGUCUGGCAGAGAGUACUUGUACAGAGAGAACACUGGACUAGUAUGCUGGUUUGUGCCUUGAAUUAUAGUUAGACCUUCACCUUCUGGCCCCCAUUAACAACUUUUGUGGCCCUGCAGGGGAAGUGACAUCAUUCAGUGACCAUUUAACCUUAUCCUCCGUGCUUUACAAAUGGACACCAAAAAAUGUGUCUCAAUAUUCAGUCUAUUCAUUCGCCUCUCACCUAUAACCUGAAAGAAAAAGAGGACUUUUGAUGAUGUCUAGUUUUUCUACAAAAUGGGCAGUAAGGUUACACAUUACGUAUAUAAUUUAAACUUGAAUUGACUCUUACAUAGGUUAUUUAUUAACUCUCUGCAUAGGCCAUACUAAUUGUAUGUUAAAUGUUUGCCUUUGUUUUACUGUCUUGAUAAAGGAGGGCACUGGACUGAGUAAUAUGAAUGUACUUAGUAUAAGUUAGCACGAACAUCUUGUGAAGACCUGUCUGAAUGGCACAAAAUUCUGAUCUUUUAUCGUGAAGGCAAAGUUCUAUUAGUUACAUUGUCCUGCUAAAAAAAGGCAAAGAAAACUGAUUACUGUUCUAUAAUAGUGGUCAGUCUCGCUUUUUAGAAGAACAGAUAUUAGAGAUUUUCAGAUGGUCUUGCCUAGAAAUUGGUCACUUAUCAUAAUUUAAGAAAAGGUCAUAUGCCCAUUGAUAAAAGUGCAAUACUACUUUGACUCAACAUUUGAAUGAUGGUCAGCAAUUGUGGCGCUUCUAAUAAAGGCUAAUGGGUAAUAGGAAAUGAUCAGGAGGACGCGGGAACGUCUAUCCUAUGAAACCGUUUUCUUUCCAUUUCUACUUUGAUUUGUACAUGGUAAAAUAUAUGUACUUAAUAUUCAGCCUGUCACAGAAUUUUUGUUUUAACAUCGAUGAAAGCAAAAUUAAGUAUAUACUUUAUUGUUGUUCUUUUUUUGUCAGUUGUAUUUCUCUGUGCUGAAAACUGUUGUAAAGAUUGUAAAUGUGUAAAGUAAGGUCUGGUUUGGGGAGUAAACAUUUUACAGAAAAAAAAACACUUUAUGAGUAUCAAGCUGUAAAUGUGUUUUAGUAUUAAGAUUUUUUUUAUAGAGGGACUAUGAAUAAAUAUCAUGCUUGGUUAACCAAGAUGGCGCCAUGGAUGGCA